AUGGAUGCGGCCGAAGAUAGGGAGGUUAAGCUCCAGCGUGCCUCUGGAGACCUCGUCCAAGAGUUUUCCGAGAAGCUGCCAUCUCUCCUUUGGAAGACCCGACCCGACCAGCCAAACACCCGCAUUCCACGGAGAUGGACCCCCGCCGCAAAAACAGAAAGACUCGUCGGCCUGUUAGAGCCGUUUCAGGAGUGGCCGCAGCUGUUGGACCCCCACCUGCAGGCCCUUCUACCCCCUUUAGUUGAUGCCUUUCUGGCAUAUUUGCUGAAGCAUCGCGAUCAAUACGCGUCCAAACCCGCAGGAUUGCAAGGCCAGAAGACAGCGUAUCCCCUUCCAAGAGCGAUCUGCAGGCUGCUUUAUACCUUUUGCAAAGUCCGUGGAGUCAAAGUUAUCAGCAGGUUCUUGAACAAUGAGCCCAAGUAUCUUGAUCCGCUGCUCCGCGCUUUCGUUGAAUGGGAUGCCAUCAAAGAUGAGCCUGAGCUAGGCCUUGGAGACAUUCCCCUGCGACUGGUCUGGGAGGAACGAUAUGUGAUGCUGAUUUGGCUGUCGCAUUUGUUACUUGCUCCCUUCGACCUGGCUUCGAUGUCGUCGGAUGAUAUCCCGGUUCCGUAUGACAACCUUGGGACUUUGAAACAGAUGCCAAACCACACACCGGUGGUUGCAAAGUCUCUACUUUCUGUGGCCUUGAAUUAUGUUAACGUCUCAGGUAAAGAGCGGGAAGCCGCUACAAUUGUUUUGGCACGACUGGUGCUUCGGCGUGAUAUGCAGGCGCUUGGGCUUUUGACUAAUCUGACGGACUGGGCGUUUUCGGUUGUUCAGCCUGCAGGUAAUCUUGAACCUCCUUCAGUCUACACGUGUAUUGGCGUGUUGUCUUUCAUCGCUCGCCUGGGUGCGUCGGGCCAGGUGGAGGACUUUGCUCCCCUGGUUUCUCCCGUCUUUGGACAGACGCUGCAAAUCCUGCAAGGAAACUCGGCGGUCUCGGAUGUUAUUAAGUCUUCUGCACUGGCACGGAAGACUAUCAUCAAAAUCUUGCGUACGGUAACAGUCAUGGCCUUGUCGCUCAGUGAGAGGGGAGACAGUACAAUCUCGGACGAUCAGGUUUCUACGAUUUUGGAAGAUGCAAUUGAUCACUUCCUUGUCGCUCUUGCUGAUAAGGAUACCCCUGUGCGCUUCGCAGCGAGUAAAGCCCUAAGUAUUAUUACAUUGAAGCUGGAUCCCGAUAUGGCCGCGGAGGUCAUCGAGGCUGUUACCGGCUCUCUGGAAGAGAACAUUCUGUAUGAGAAGCGGGACGGCACCAUCGUGACACCGCUGGAGGCUCGGAGGAUAGGGAUCAACACGUUGAAACGGAAUUUGAGCGCAGUGGACGCUCAGAGGUGGCAGGGGCUGAUCUUGACGCUCGGCCAUCUCUUGUUUCGCCGUGCGCCUCCUACCCAUCAACUUGGCGAUGUACUUCAGCCACUUGUUUCGGGCCUUGACUUCGAACAACGGUCAUCAACCGGAAGCUCUGUCGGAACAGGUGUACGUGACGCCUCGUGUUUCGGAAUUUGGGCGCUGUCUCGCAAGUAUACCACCCAGGAACUGCUUGCCUUGAAACCGCAGACAAUCAGCACAGCCACGGCUCAAGGUAAACAAGAAAGCACAUUGCAGAUGCUGGCGAUCGAACUUGUGUGUGCCGCGUGCGUUGACCCGUCUGGGAAUAUUCGGAGGGGUGCUUCUGCAGCACUGCAAGAGCUCAUCGGGCGUCACCCCAACACAAUUGCCGAAGGUAUACCGCUUGUGCAAGUUGUGGACUACCAUGCGGUGGCUCGGCGCUCGCGGGCAAUGAUCGAUGUUGCCAACGCGACCGCUGCUCUCAGCCUCCAUUACUGGAGCCCCCUUGUCGAAUCAUUGAUGCACUGGCGAGGUAUUGGCUCGCCUGAUGCAGAGUCUCGCAGGCAUGCAGCCAAAGCAAUCGGAGUUUUGAGUACGCAGCAGUCAUACAAAACAAUGCAACAGGUGUUCCAGCGGCUGCUCAAUAGGCUAUCUAGUAUUCCACACAGUGACGUGGAGACUAGACAUGGCUGUCUUUUGGCCAUCGCGGCUACGGUUGACGCAUUCAACGCCCACCGUGAGAGGGAUCCCAUAGAUGCAUCGGACGCAACGAGUGUCUCGCAUUAUGUGGCCAAGGCGUGGGAGAUAUUUGGCUCUUCGCUCGGACCAACCAAAGAUGACCUCACCCUUCAGACUUUCCGGCCUGAGCUGACAGCGGAGGCCUCUUCUCAGUUGAUAUGUUCUCUUGCUCAAUCAGUUACCCUGGCCCGUGAACCACGAAUCUCUCAACCCUCAGUGGAUUUACUAACCAAGGCUCAAGAAACGCUCUUGCUAUGCAUAUCACGGAGCGAGGACACUUCUAUUGAGAGCUCAUCAAAUGCAGUAUCCGAACUCCUACCUCUUUUACCACCUGACGAACAAGAGAAGAUGAUUCAGGGGUGGUUUUCCCACAUUCAUACUACCUGGAACCUGCCAACGGGCCGCGGCCAGAUCACGGCCCUGGGCACAGUGUUCAAACAAAUUGACAAGAACAGUCCUCUCAGAAGAUCUAUCAUAGACAGCAUCAUAGAAUGUGCAGAGAAAGAAGAACUAAUCGAGAAGAGAGUGGCCGCUGUCAAGAGCUUGGCUACCGGUGUUCUGCCGCAUAUAGACGUAACCGAUGAUAUCCUGAAUCACCUCGUACGUUUCUUGAAUGAUUAUACAACCGAUAGGCGAGGAGACAUCGGUUCCUUGAUUCGGCUUGAAGCGAUCCAGGCCGCAAAGACGGUCCUAGGAGCAGGGCCAAGACUUCCCAAUCAAUUGCCUGGGGUGCAAGAUAUUGUUGGGUGCCUUUGCCGACUUGCAGCGGAAAAGCUCGACAAAGUACGUGUGCAAGCUUGGAAUUGUCUUCAGGGCUACUGGGAAACAGCCAAUGGCUUUCCGCCGUUGACAAGGAAAUACGAACACUUCAGUCAUGUAUCCUCAACAGAUUAUCUGCUGCAGCUGCUUCAGUUGCAGAGUAUUGACUGGCUGCGCCAGCCUCUGUUCCAAGGCCUAGCAACUUCGGCCGUUGCAGGUAGCGAAGGCCUGAUUCGGUCAUCUCGCUCAGCCCUGGUACAGAGCAUUCAAGAAGCAGAAGAUCCACAGGCUGCAGUAUUGGCCAUAAUCAAGGACAUGGCUGCCAUCUUGGGCGAGAACCUGCAAGACGAUCGGUUCGCGAUUCCUGUGCUUGAGGUCUUGGCGUUCCUGUUGGACAGCUUUGUCUCUUCUGCGCCCGACGACUCGAUCCCAAGUCUGCGGAAGCUAUUUGUCCUCGUACAAAGAGCGCACUUCAAAUCGUCAAACAUCGCCCGACUCGAAGCGGCAGUCCGGGCUUAUGCACCUCUGUCGAGGAUAGAGCAGCUACAUACGGAAGUGAUCAAGAAAAUGACGGCGCUGCUACUGCAUCCGUUCCCUAGGGUCCGCAACCUGGAAGAGCGCAUCAAAGUCGACCAGCUAAAAGAAGCACUGGAAGAGAUCUUCUCCGAAUACGGCACGGUACUUGAAAUCGUCGCGAAAACGAACCUGAAAGCGAAAGGACAGGCGUUUGUUGUCUUCGACACCGUGGAGUCGGCGACCCGCGCCAUCGACGAAAUCAAUGGCUUCGAACUCUUCGAUAAACCCAUGGUGUUGGAUUACGCGAAGACGAGAAGUGAUAUGACAGUGUUACGUGAGGGCGGGGAGGAUGAGUUGGAGGCGCACAAGAGACGGAGGUUGGCUGAGAAGGAACGCAAACAAGCGCACGAAGCCCUCGAAGCUCAGAAGAAGCUCAAGCGACCCCCCGGUGCACCUACGGAACCUGGCCGUCCUGCGAAAACUGCCAAGGGCGCUGGUCUCAAGCCUACCAGUGGGGCUGCGGCGGCGGUUAUUCCGGACGAGUAUCUGCCUCCGAACAAGAUUCUCUUCUUGCGCGAUUUGCCCGAUACUGCGGAUCAGGACAGUCUGACGGCUGUGUUUGGUCGGUUCGAGGGAUUCCAGGAGGUUCGGUUGGUCCCCGGACGCAAGGGUAUCGCGUUCGUCGAGUACGAGAACGAGUCUGGAGCUAUCAGUGCCAAGGAGGCGACGUCGGGGAUGCCUAUGGGAGAGGCCGGAAAGCCCAUUCGCGUUACUUACCAGAGACAAUGA